AUGGAGUCCCCUCUCAACAACGAGCAACUUGCUGAGCAUUACGGUCAAGACGUGCCUGCCAAACGAAGCGCAGCUACCACAGACAAACCUAUUCAAGUCAGCCUUCUGGAUAUUCAGCUCGGCGAAGAUUAUGAGCCCAAGCUGGUGCGCGAAAAUGGCAGAGUCAAGGUGAUCGUAGAAGCUGGCGCGAAUGGCGUCGACCUCGCCCACGAGUAUCCGAAGCCUGAUGUCGUCCUCGCCGAUGAAGCAGCUAACCAGGUCAACAAGGCUGUGAAAGCUCAGGAGCCUGAUCCAUUCUUUCCUGCGGGUGGAGCCGCCUUUCCUGCCGCCAAAGAUGAGGAGUCCCACGCUAUUAUCAAAAGCCGCCAGUCUGUUAUAUUUGGCGAGGAUGACCGCGUCGUGUAUCAUGACACAUCAUACCCAUGGCGCUGCAUUGGGAAGAUUCAAACAGCCGUGAGUCGAAGCUCAGGUUGCAUGAUCGGGCCACGCCACGUCCUCACUGCGAGCCAUUGCGUCAACUGGGCUUCUGACGGCAGUGCUCGGUGGAUCACCUUCUCGCCGGGAUAUUACAAUGGUGCAGGACCGUGGGGCACCUUUUAUGCAACCAAGAUCUACUCCUGGAUGAAAAACACUGGCAGCUUGACUGAUCAACAAACGGCCUUCGACUAUGUCGUCCUCGUCCUCAACCAGCGUGUUGGAGACACCAUCGGGUACUAUGGCGGCCGUACUUUCGACAACGGUUGGGUCAACACCGUGAGCAACUGGGUUCACGUUGGAUAUCCAGGGGACUUGACCGACACAGAGCGUCCUGCAUAUCAAAACACUGUCAAGAUCACCAGCAAGCAGGACUUCAAUUUCAACGGCCGCACCGGAUCUGUCUUGGGUCAUUUCAGCGACAUCACAGCCGGCAUGUCGGGUGGCCCUGUGUUUGGCACUUGGUCUGGUGAUUCCGGCCCAAGAGUUGUUGGUGUGUGCAGCACUCGAGAGGGACCUCCCAUCGCCGUCCCGGAUGGUAGCACUGCGACCGACAACGAGUUCGGUGGUGGCCCUGCUUUGACAGAGUUGAUUACAUUCGCGAGGAACGAGAUGCCAUAG